GCCCUGAGAUACAAAUUCGCGGCAUUAAUGCUAAGUACGCUUCACAAAUCACAAAUAAAAUAGCAAUUAGCCUUUACGGAGGUAUGUGGCAAUUAGCCUUCUGAUGAUGACGUUUUGGGGUACUUUCAAUUUUCUGAAAUGCGUUUAAAAAUUAUGAUGCAACAUCAAAAGCGUUUUUCAGAACCAACAGACCAUUUGAAGAAUAAAUUCAGCCUGAAAUUAAAGACAGUUGCCCUUACGAGUUCUUACGCUCAGUGUUUUGAAAAAAGUACCCCAUUUUGGGAAAUCAUUCGUCAUCGUGAGAAAGGCUAAUUGUCUUUGACUUAGUGGUAAUUACUACAAUUCGUUUAAUCCUUAAAUUUGACGAAACUAUGCGGUGAAUGACCGCUUCGUUUCAUUCAUAUAAUUUUCAUAUUCAUAGUUGCCAUCUUUCAUUUCACUAUAUAAUAUUUAGUUGGAACAGGAGUUCGUAGUGCGUGAUGGUAAGACGUACAUGGUGGAAGAUGGCGAACUCGUUUUUUUUGGUGAUUUUAUGUUGAAACUGCUAGGCGAAAUAAAAAAUGUACCAACACCAGAGGCAACUGCUAAUGCGGAAGGGGUAGAAGGGUACUGGGUAGCGUCUUGUGGUGUUUUUACCGGUGACAGAAUAUCGUAUAGGACUGUUGUAUUGUCUGCUGGAACGUUUGACACGAAGUGCCGUUUUCUCCAAGAACUGCGCAAAAAAUUUGGUGGAGGAACGUUCAACCUUGCUGGCAGUGUUGGAGGCAGCAGACUAGCUGACUACUACAGCCACUUAAAAAACGACGUCGGGAAUGCGCCUCCACGUUUCUAUAAAGCGACCCAUCUAGGUUACCAAAAAGAUGGAUAUUGGAUACUUUCUAAAGAUCACCACAUUGAAAACGGUCGCGUACUACAAAAGGAAGAAUUCAAGUUCUUUUUACUGGAUGAAUCCGCAUAUCGGUUUUCGACAGAUAUGAGAUACGAUCUCCUUGAAAACAACGGGGUGCUUAAGACCUUUUGCAGAAGAUAUAUUGCGCUUGCUGAAGGUUUCGCCAGUAACUCAACAGCGUUUAAGUUAGCCACCUCUUUUGUUCUGCUGCGGAAUUUGAGGGGAAUGGACAAAAGUACAUUUAAGGAAAGCAAUAUUGGAUUGCUGUAUUCCAGUGCACGGAACGUCGGCAAAUCCGAGACGUUGAGUUUGUUGGCCAAUGCACAAGGAUUGCCUGCCGAUCGCAAUCAUUCCCUGCUCUGCUCAGGUGGCGAUCAAACCAUGAGCGGUACAUCCAUAAAAGCUAUAAUGCUAGCACUCAAGAGCUCGUCGUUCACCUGUAUGAUGGAUGAUGCAAAAAUGACAGACUCUUUGGCUGAGUUUCUUCUGCAAGUCCAAGGUGGCCUUCCACAGGGAUCAAUGCUCAGCGGAAUUGCGUCUCCUGUGGGCAGUGUUUUGCUGUCGGCUAACGAAAAGGAGAACGAAAGAUUAGAUGGCCGUGUUAUUCGUUUCGAAUAUGUAAAGGAUGAACAAUUUGGAGAAGAACACGAACAAAUGCUGGAAGAGCUGCAAUCAUUAGUAGAAGCAAAUAUGGGGUUCGUGGUUGCUUGGAUUACAAGAUAUCACAAUAUCUGGAAAAGAGGCAUAACAGACGGCAACAUCAAAACUAUAAAGAUGACGCUGAAGAAAAUAGUGCCAGGGAGAGACCAGCGUUGGUAUAAAGGAGCUUCCCUGGUCAUAUACACUUACGCAACGUUUCAUGUGGCUGCAGGGAAAGAGGUGGAUUUGAGAAAAGCAUUUUUACAACUUGCCUCCACUGCCAAUAAACAGGAAGACGAAUUGCCUUUUCUGGAAAGACUUCAAGAAGAAAUUCAGUCUAAACUGGAGGAGGGAGAAGCAAAUGCGGCAUUGAAGUGGAUAACGCCACACACUAGUGUAAAAUGCAGCGGCACGUUCCAGCCAGCGUUCGGCCUAGCUAUCUCAGUUCUAGAGACUUUUGCCAGCAUAAGAAGAGAGGAGAUUCAACGAGAAUUGUUAAAGUUGUGCGACACGGGAAAAACACAGACGCUGUAUUUCGCAAAAAGCAGCGAAACAACCAUAGCAGAUCUGAGACAACGAAAUCAGAAUCUCUCGCGUGGUGCAAAAGGCAUAAAAAUUCCUAAACACGUGCUUGAUAAAACCUUGUUAACGAAGUAG